CGCACCAGAACGGCUGGAUCGUUCUGAGACUGCGGCCCCCGGGCGCGGCGGCGUCAAGAUGGCGGCUGCGGCGGUGGCGGCCGCGGCAGCCGCAGCUGCGGCUGCAUCUCUGCAGGUGCUGGAGAUGGAGAGCAUGGAGACGGCCGCCGGCGGCUCAGCGGGACUGGCUGCCGAAGUCAGAGGCAGCGGCACGGUAGACUUCGGGUCCGGGCCCGGCUUAUCUGCCUUGGAGGCGAGCGGGGGCGAUCCGGGCCCGGAGGCCGAGGAUUUCGAGUGCAGCUCUCACUGCUCGGAGCUGUCGUGGAGGCAGAACGAGCAGCGGCGCCAGGGCCUCUUCUGCGACAUUACGCUGUGCUUUGGUGGUGCCGGAGGCCGCGAGUUUCGGGCCCACCGCUCGGUGCUGGCCGCCGCCACUGAGUACUUCACGCCCCUGCUCUCGGGCCAGUUCUCCGAGUCCCGCUCGGGCCGGGUGGAGAUGCGCAAGUGGAGCUCGGAGCCCGGGCCCGAACCCGACACGGUGGAAGCCGUUAUCGAAUACAUGUACACCGGGCGCAUCCGCGUUAGCACGGGCAGUGUGCACGAGGUGCUGGAGUUGGCGGACAGGUUCCUAUUAAUUCGUUUAAAAGAAUUCUGUGGAGAAUUUCUCAAGAAAAAACUUCAUCUCUCUAAUUGUGUGGCCAUUCAUAGCUUAGCUCACAUGUAUACCCUGAGCCAGCUCGCUCUAAAAGCUGCCGAUAUGAUACGGAGAAAUUUCCACAAAGUAAUUCAGGAUGAGGAGUUUUAUACUUUACCUUUCCAUCUCAUUCGAGACUGGCUGUCGGACUUGGAAAUUACAGUCGAUUCGGAAGAGGUUCUCUUUGAAACGGUUCUGAAGUGGGUUCAGAGAAAUGCUGAAGAGAGAGAGAGGUACUUUGAAGAACUUUUCAAAUUGCUCAGAUUGUCUCAGAUGAAACCCACUUACCUUACUCGGCAUGUCAAACCAGAGAGGCUGGUGGCGAAUAACGAAGUUUGCGUCAAGUUAGUGGCCGAUGCUGUGGAGAGACACGCCCUGAGAGCCGAGAACAUACAGUCUGGCACGUUCCAGCAUCCCGCUUCUCAUGUUUCAUUAUUACCUCGCUAUGGGCAAAACAUGGAUGUGAUCAUGGUUAUUGGAGGCGUGUCAGAAGGGGGGGACUAUUUAAGUGAAUGUGUGGGAUAUUUUGUCGAUGAGGACAGAUGGGUAAACCUGCCUCAUAUUCAUAAUCACCUGGAUGGACAUGCUGUGGCAGUAACAGAAUCCUAUGUAUAUGUUGCUGGAUCCAUGGAGCCAGGGUUUGCUAAGACUGUGGAAAGAUAUAACCCAAACUUGAAUACGUGGGAACAUGUUUGUAGUCUAAUGACAAGGAAGCAUUCUUUUGGGCUAACAGAAGUCAAAGGGAAACUCUACAGCAUUGGAGGACACGGCAACUUUAGUCCUGGCUUUAAAGAUGUAACUGUGUAUAAUCCCGAGCUUGAUAAAUGGCACAACUUGGAAUCAGCACCAAAGAUUCUCCGAGAUGUCAAAGCACUAGCCAUUGAAGACCGGUUUGUGUACAUCGCCGCCCGCACGCCUGUGGACCGGGACACCGAAGAUGGGUUAAAGGCUGUCAUUACUUGCUAUGAUACAGAGACUCGACAGUGGCAAGAUGUGGAAUCAUUGCCACUUAUUGACAAUUACUGCUUUUUCCAAAUGUCUGUGGUUCAUUCAAACUUCUAUCAGACAGCAUCAUGCUGUCCCAAGAGUUAUUCUCUAGAAAAUGAAGAGGCAGUAAGAAAAAUCGCCAGCCAAGUUUCCGAUGAGAUCCUUGAAAGCUUACCUCCAGAAGUACUCAGCAUCGAAGGAGCAGCCAUUUGCUAUUACAAAGAUGACGUUUUCAUUAUUGGAGGCUGGAAAAACAGUGAUGAUAUUGAUAAGCAGUAUCGGAAAGAAGCCUACCGAUACUGUGCUGAGAGAAAGAGGUGGAUGCUCCUUCCUCCCAUGCCACAGCCUCGUUGCAGAGCCACUGCUUGUCAUGUGAGAAUCCCAUACCGGUACUUGCAUGGCACACAGAGAUACCCUAUGCCUCAGAACUUAAUGUGGCAGAAGGACCGGAUCAGACAGAUGCAAGAAAUACAUCGGCAUGCCCUAAACAUGCGGCGAGUGCCAAGCUCUCAGAUUGAAUGCUAGGUUCUCUACUGCGUGCAGCUUAAAACAGUUAUACCUGUUUCUUGAGGCUGAAGACAUCCAGACUGUUACUUGAAAAAGUAUGUCGAUAACUUAUUUUCUACCUGAAUGGAUGAUGGCCCCAUAGAAAGGAAAUAUAGUUAAAAAACUGCAGACUGGGAAACUCAGUUCAAAAUGUGGUAAUAUUUUGUUAGCGUGCUGUCUUUUCCUGUCUUUGGUUUCUGUGUAUGUGCCAGCUAAGUAAGAUCUUUUUAAAGACAAGUGGGAAAACCAGGUGGUUACUUGGCUGUUUUUCUGCCAAGAAGUUAUAACUCCUUUGUCUUAGGGACAUGUUUUGAACAUGCUUUGAGCACCAAUUUUAUUUGCACAUUUAUUUUGAUACUCCUUUUCAUUUUUUCCUGAAUGGUUGGUUUUGAAAAGAUCAGAACUUAACACAUAGCCUUUCUCUGCAGGAGGUAUGUGCAAUAGACUGAAAUUUGAAGGAAAAAGCACAAUAUUUCAGCAAGAUGAUUUCAGAAUGUUUGCAUUGGUAUUUUGUUGUUUAUCUAGAAAUACUGUUUUGUUUCUUUCUAAAAAAAAGAUCACUGAUGAGAAAUUUGUGAUUGGAGCAUGCAUAUUUUGAAUAUUUUUCAUUUCUUUAGCAACCGACUUAAUGACUUCAAGCCAUUGCUCUGAGAUGAUGGUAGUUGGCGAGAGUAUUGAUCUUUAGCUGAUUGGCUAAACACAGAGGACGUUACAUAUGCAUGAAAUUUGUUUCUCUAAGAAGAGAAGUAUUAUUAAUAUAGACCGAGACAUCAAAGGCAUUACAAAAUUUAAAACACACUUUUUUCCUGGAGUUGCAGGCUUGAGGAUAAGUGAAUCAGUUUAAAUAAUGCCUAUGACAAUCGACACUCGAUGCCUUCAGUUUUAAAUUUUGCUCUAAUGCAUAUUGUGUAGAAUCAUCCUCAUUCUUUUCUAAAAGACACUUUUCUCAAAAUGGGAAGAAAAUAGCAAUUUAGAGAAAUGUUGCUAAAGAGAAGCUGUAUUACUUCUCAGCCGAUUGUUAUAAUGUCUCACCCAGUUGCCCUGGACUUUAAUUGCACCUCUACCUGAGCCAGGAAUACCGAAUUUAAGUGCAGAAUUCUGGCUCUUAAAAGGCUGUAGUUAUCUUUUAUUUAUUUUUAUGUAUUCUUCUGAUUCUCUUCCACACUCCCAAGCUUUAUAGAAAUUAGCACUCAGGUUGACUCUUUUAGCACUCAGUUAACUCAUGUUCCUACUGUUUGCAAUGUGGGUCCAGUAUAUUUUCUUUGUUUUUUUCAGACUAUUUUUACUUUAUUAGACGUUCCAGAAUACUAUUCUAGAAGUUGACUUCUAAGUGCAGUGAUUUGUUUUUUCCUAGUCCAUUAUUAGUUGUAUCUUCCUUAUUAGUUGUAUUAAACAUCAAAAGAAAAAAGUACAACUAGAAAUUUUGGCUGUCAAUUUGCUGCAAGACUAUUAAUGUUUAGACCUUGGACUCUAUACUAAGAACUUCCCUAAAAUUUCUAAAUUGGCAUCCCUGCCUAGGACAAAGAUUUUCAAUAAAUGUUGGAAAUCUGCUUUAAAACUAUCUUAGACUGGGGUGGGGGUAGGAAACUGUAAGUCAUAUUUCUAUAUGAGGACAUAUUAUCUUAUCCCACCUCUACCAUUUUCUCAAUUUCCAUGUAUUUGUAGUUAUUUUAAUAAAAGCCAUUGGAUUCUGAGAAGUGCUAAUUCUUAGCUGUGAGAGGUCUAUGCAAGUAAGACAGAAAAAAAGCUCAUUGAAUGAAGUCCUCAUUUCUCUCUGAUAGACUAGGCUAGCAGACUUCCUUUUCUUGGUGGUGGUUAAGGAACUUAGAAGCUCACUAGGAUGCCAGUUUCUUUCCAGAAGGAUAUCAUGUAAGGAUUUGGGGUGUUUUUUUUGUUUUGUUUUUUGUGGGGUUUUUUGUCUCAGGGUUGUUUUCUGAGACAGUCAUUACCAAUUUAUUUGGAGGGUUGUCUUUUUUCCAAAUAAUGUGGCAGAAAUUAUAACUCAUAAGAUUUAGGUAUAAUCUGGUUUUGAAGACUUGAUUGAAAUUGUUGUUUUUUAACCCAGCAGGCAGCCUAGGCCAUGGGUGAAAAGAAGGGGUAAGUCCUUCCUUGCAUGGUGAUGUGUGCAGCUUUUCCUGGCUGAAUUUCUAAUCUUCAUAUUUGAAUUCACGUGUGUGAUUUCACAUCAAUAACUUGUGUUUCUGAAAUAUCCUAACUAACUUGUUAAUCAGGAAAGAAACCAGAUUUGCUUAAAUCUGUUCAAGGCUGACAUUCUGAAAUUCUAAACUGGAAAUAACUUCCCAGCAUAUUUGGAAAGAUUCUGAUUAUGACCAGCCUAAAAGGGCUCUUUGGGAAAGACAUUUCCUUUUUUGAUGAAGACUUAAAGAUUGUGCUUGGUAUUUAAGCAAUUAAAAAGACAGCUUUAAAAUGUGUAUUUAAGUGAACCAGUUGUUUUGUUUGUUAGUUUGUUUGUUUUGGUUUUGUUUUAUGGAAGGAAAAGAGAGGAAUUGAUUAUACAAAAAGUAAUAACUAUACAUAACUUUGAGUGAAGCUGCUUAUGUCUCAGAAUGGAUAUCUUUUAACUAUACCUACCCCACCAUGGUUUAAAAAAAAAAAAAUCAGUGGUAUAUAUUGAGAAUGUCAGUCAUGAGCUUAGUGUUUAAGUAUCUCACAGUUAUUUGCAUGAUUAGUCUUGUGUACCUUGGUAUUCAACUUUGCUUUUGCUGUGCCAAUUCAAAAAUGUUUUUCAAAAUUCAUUGACAUCAGUUUUGUUUUGAUCAGUUGGUUUUGUAUAGUAUUUCUAGGACCAAAACAUUUUAAAAUACCGACUUUUUAAAUACAGAACAGAUGUUUGGAGCUAGAAAGACAGCGUUUAUGGAAGAUUUGUGUGCUUUUGUAUUUUAAACCCUUUGGGCUGCUGGAAAGGCAGUUUCUAGGGCACACUUUUUUCCUUUUCAUGUUUCUUGACUAGUGUAGCAUGUGGUGUGUUUAAAUAGUUUAUUCUCUGCUUCAUAAUUCUAAUAUGAACACUAUAUUAUAGGUAGACAGAUAAGCUAAAUUGUGUAUUUUAGUUACUUGGAAAAACUAAAGGAACUUUUUGUGUACUUUCCUCAAAUUAAGCUUAAAUAAAAAGGCUAUAUUGGCCAACUUUUGUGUCCUUUGAAAACAUACAGAAUUGUGAAGCAAGUUCUCUGCAUACACUAGAAAAAUAGGGUGCUGAUAGGUUGCUGUUUAACUGUAGAAUAUUUGAGAACCGGUUCAGUCUCCUUUUUUAACUGUUAAACAAUUGGCACAGUUCAUCACUCCAGUUUGUUACUUUCUUGAGACUAGUCCAUUUUUGUUUUCGUUACAACGCUCACAUCGAGUUCUGGUCAUUGGAAACAAAAGAGCUCAUAGUUGAGUGAUGUGAUACAAUAAGAAUAACAUAAUGUAGUGGUCAUUUCCUUCAAGGAAUUUAGACAGCCAAGUAACUGCUGUUUGUCGCGUACCUUUGUAGGGCUUCUGUCUUACACUAUAUGACCAUUGCUGCGAAUGUCUGACAGAAGCACAUUCAGUAGAGCACUUGCUGUUAACCUGAUCCUCCUGCAUAAUGCACUCGUGAAAAGUAGUGCUUGCUAGAUGUUUGAAGAUCUUAGUUAGCAUCCCUGUGCUAGGGCUCAUUGAGUUAUUUGUAAAAUAAAUAUGUAGCUCAAGCUGAUACACAGUGACUUUGGGGAGCUAGUAGUAUCCAAGCUCCUACUUUACUAGAAGUAUAACUUUGACUAUCUCCUGUCAAUCAGAGGAGACGUGGAAUUUAGGACACUUUGACACAUUACCGUGUAAAAUAGCUUGUUUUAUGUUCCUAAAGCUAUCUUGUUCUGUGUUAAAUCAUCUCAAUGUAAGUUUUAAAUAAACGUAUUUCGUUAGA